ACUUGCCUUGUAUUGUUAAUGCGUGUGGUUGCAGCAAGCGUAGAAUAAUUGAGAUCAUCGAUGCCUUCCACCGAAUCGGCCGCCGGCGAGGCAUGGGACCGCCGGCGUGAGCUGCAGGCCUUCGACGACACCAAGGCGGGCGUCAAGGGCCUCGUUGACGCCAGGGUCACGGUCCUCCCACCCAUCUUCCGCCACUCGCCGGAGUCCCUCGAGGGCAUCACGUCCUCAAACCAUGACGCCGCGGCCAUCCCGACCGUCGACCUAUCGGCCGCACCGCGCGAGCACACGGUCGCCCUGGUGCGGCGCGCGGCCGGGACGGUGGGCUUCUUCCAGGUGGUGAACCACGGCGUGCCGGCCGAGCUCAUGGCCGGCAUGCUGGAGGGGGUGCGCCGGUUCAACGAGGGACCCACCGAGGCGAAGCAGGCCAUCUACAGCAGGGACCAAGCUCGCAAGGUGCGUUUCGCCUCCAACUUCGACCUCUUCUCGUCCGCGGCGGCCAACUGGCGCGACACCCUCUUCUUCCACCUCGCUCCGGACCCGGCACCUUCCCAAGACCUGCCCGAGGCUGUCAGGGACGUGGUAACGGAGUACGGCAAGGCGGUGACCAAGGUGGCGCUGUUCGUGCUGGAGCUGCUGUCGGAGUCCCUGGGCCUGAGCAGCGACCACCUGCGCGACAUGGGCUGCGCGGAGAACCUCAACGCGGUGUGCCAAUACUAUCCGCCGUGCCCGGAGCCGCACCUCACCUGGGGCACCAAGAGGCACACCGACCCGGGGUUCCUCACCGUCCUCCUGCAGGACGGCAUGGGCGGUCUCCAGGUGCUCGUCGAUCGCAAGACCUGGAUGGACGUCCCUCCCGUGCCCGGCGCUUUCAUCAUCAACAUCGGCGACCUUCUCCAGCUUGUCAGCAAUGACCAGUUCAGGAGCGUGGAGCACCGGGUCCUGGCCAACAAGAGCAAAGACACCGCGAGGGUCUCCGUGGCGUCCUUCUUCAACACCGACAUGGAGAGAUCCACGAGGCUGUAUGGCCCCAUCACCGAUGGGCACAACCCGCCGAUCUACAGGAGCGUCACGGCUCGGGACUUCAUUGCGACGUUUAACCGCGUCGGCCUCGAUGGUCGCUCGCUCGACCACUACCGGUUGGAACAGGAUACUCCCACGCCUGCUGUGGAGGCGUGUGAAUGAAGCGGGCAUUUCUGUUUCUUUAAAAUUUAUUUGCAAGUUUAAAUUUAAGCAUUUUCAAAUAAGAGAACGUAGUCUUUUUCUCAACUAAAGUGUUAGAAUGGUGGACAAAAGUCUCUUGCUUCAACCUGAAGCAUGAGCAGCACAAGAAAAGUGAGAGACUAUUGGAAAUAUGCCCUGAAGGCAAUAAUAAAGUUGUUAAAUAUUA